UCAAAACAAAAAAUACACAUUCAGCAUAUCAUUAGUUAAAUUUAUUCGGCGACUCAUUUUUGACUAGUCUUCCAUUUGCUUUGUAUGUGUGUUAAUUUUUUAAUUGUGAAAAAUGGAUCUAUAUAAUCCCAUUCAACUUCUAGGCAAAGGAACAUUUGGAACUGUCCAUUUAUGUGAACGAAUUCAUAACAAGCAGAAAGUCGUAAUUAAACAAAUUAAUACAUAUUUGGAAGGUGAACAGUUGAAAGCGGCUAAAAACGAAGUUGCAAUAUUAAAAUCGCUGAAUCACCCCAAUAUUAUCCAGUACUAUCAUAGUUUCGCUAAAAACACCACAUUUUUUAUUAUCAUGCAGUAUGCGAGCAAAGGAAGCCUUUAUGACUUAAUUGCAAAGAGCAGACCAGAACUUUUCGAGCCAAAAUUUGUAAAAAAUAUUUUUUGCCAAAUUUUAAUGGGAUUGUGGUAUAUACAUUCAAAAAAAAUCAUACACAGGGAUUUAAAAUGUGAGAACCUAUUUUUGACUGGAGAAGGAAUGCUGGUGGUAAAGAUUGGUGAUUUCGGAAUUUCGAAAUUAAUUCAAAAUAACAAGAAAACAGACACAAUAAUUGGAACUUGCAACUACAUUUCGCCAGAAGUUUGUGACGGAAAACCUUAUGACUACUCAUCUGAUGUUUGGGCCUUGGGCUGCAUUCUAUAUGAACUUUGCGCCCUAGAAAAAAUGUUUGAUGGAACGGUAUCCAACGUUGUUUUGUCGAUUGCCAAAGGCAAAAUCAAGAAAAUAAACACUCAAAAGUACGGCCAAAGUAUGCAGGAUAUUAUUGAAAAAUUACUUUCACCCAAUCCUAGCGACAGACCAUCUGUUGCUGAAAUUAUAGCCUACCCGGAGUUAUUCCCAACUCUUUACAGAUUGACAGCCGAAUUGGGGUGUUUAAAUUUAGAAACAAAAUGAUUUUACUGUUAUUUGAAUGUGCUGGACACUAUUUUAUUGUAGUUUUUUAUUGACUUAUUUCCAAUUAAUUGACUUUUAUACUGUAAUUUUAUUUUAAAUAAUAAAACAUUUUAAUAUUAAAUAA